UACUUGCAACGAUCCCGACUCCAUGUUGUUCCGACAGCCACGGAGCUAACAAGUGCCCUGGCCGAAAACUCUCACGUUGCAACUGUGUGUUUGUGUGUGUGUGUGUGUGUAAGAAGUUGUUGAGUGUGUGUGUGUGUGUGUGUGUGUAUGAACGUGUGAGAGUCUUGACCCUCCGAAAGAAGAUGGCAGACUACCGGGAGGACACCGGGGCGAGAGCCUUGCUUGCUCUACAGUCAGCACCGUGCAGUCCCGUGCGUGUCGCGAUGACCUCGCGCAUAUAUCACCAGGGCUCGUUCGCCCUCCAGGCUCCUCCGAUGAUGGAAGCCCGCACCGACGGCGGUAUUCUGCCCGUGCGCCUCGCUGGUACUCCUCCACAGGCCCUCGCCAGGCUAGAGGGCCGGGACUUUGAGUUUGUCAUGCGCCAGAGGACGGUCACCAUAGGCCGGAACUCGUCCCACGGCCCAGUGGACAUCAACAUGGGCCACUCGAGCUUUAUUUCACGGCGACACCUGCAGGUCAUUUACGACGACGAAAUUGGUUUCUCCCUGCGGUGCCUGGGCAAGAAUGGCGUGUUCGUUGACGGGGUGUUCCAGCGGAGAGGGGCGCCGCCACUGCCGCUACCCAGAGAGUGUGUGUUUCGUUUUCCCAGUACGGUCAUCAAAAUCCAGUUCAUGUCACUCCUGGACAUUGAGGAUCACAGAGAGAAAGAGCAGCCUUCUCCUCCCCGGCGUCCGCUUCUGCCCCACAUUUCCCCUCUUAAAAUCAGCAUUCCCACCAUGCAGCAGCAUGAAGAGCACAUCCGGGCGUUUGGCUCUCCGCUGCCCUCGCCCACAGGCACCAUCAGUGUUCCUAACUCCUGUCCAGCCAGUCCACGCGGGGCAGGGUCAUCAGGGUAUCGCUAUGGACGCAACGUGACCCCUGACCUCCAGUUAGCUGCUGAAUAUGCUGCCAAGGCCGUUUCUGAGAGACGAAGCAUUGUCGAGCAGAGAGGUGGGGGGAGUGAGCAGCGGGCGGAAUCUGCUGGUGGAGACAGUCCCAAGGAUGAGUCCAAGCCGCCGUACUCCUAUGCACAGCUCAUCGUCCAGGCCAUCUCUUCUGCCCCAGACAAACAGCUGACUCUUAGUGGCAUUUAUGCCCACAUCACUAAACACUACCCCUACUAUCGCACUGCAGACAAGGGCUGGCAGAAUUCAAUCAGACACAACCUGUCCCUCAACCGCUACUUCCUGAAAGUGGCCCGCUCUCAGGAUGAACCUGGGAAAGGGAGUUUUUGGCGAGUGGAUUCUGCCUCUGAGAGCAAGUUAGUGGAGCAGGCCUUCAGGAAAAGACGGCAAAGGGGAGUUGCUUGCUUUAGGACGCCAUUCGGACCUCUCUCUUCUAGAAGUGCCCCGGCAUCCCCGACGCACCAGGGGCUUCUUUCUCCUCCAUCCAGUGGGCUCCAGACUCCUGAAUGUAUGAGCAGGGAGGGCUCUCCUAUCCCCCACGACCAUCACGAACAGCUGGCAAACAAACUGGCAUCUGUACCAGAGUAUAGGUACUCUCAGAGUGCCCCAGGUUCACCCGUCAGUGCUCAGCAUGUCAUCAUGGCUGCACCCCCUCAUCCAUCGAUCCUGCCCUCAGGACCGGGAAAAGCACUUGCUUUGGUCCCUGGUGGCAUCAGCCAACUCCAGCCCAUCCACUUGCUCCAGAACCCCUCUCAGCCUGCACUCACUAUGAUGCGGUUGGUUACCAGUGUCCCUCCACUUUCCAACCCUCCAAAUGGUUACAGCACCCUUUCUGUUGGAGGAGCAGAAAGCAACAGUGAGCCCCGAGAAGCCCAGCUGAACAGAGAGGGAGUGAUCCAGACUGUGGACAGUGCGGUCCAGGGCGCAGAUGGACGGAACCUGGCUCCAGGUUUACAUCAACUUCCUGUUCGGCCCGUCACUCAAAAUGGCAAACACACCACUGCUGCUGUUGCCACAGCAACCAGCCUUGCUAAUUCAUCUGGCUUGAACAGUGCUCUCCAGAUCUUGGCGGCUCAGGCCUCCAGCUCCCCGCCCGUGCUCGUGAACAGACAGCCCAGUGCAGAAAUGUUGGCCGAGCAGCCGGGUGCACCCCAGGCCAAGCGGCCAAGGAUGGAGGAUGAUUGUGAAAGUGAAUCCGCUCAGCAACAAGUCACAUCUGCCCAGCAGCCUGUCAUUGUCGCCUUUACAUCACAAAGCCAUGACCCCAGGAAGUAAAAGAAAAACAAAACAAAAAAACCCAGGCCUCGUCACUAGGUACCCAACGGACAGCCUCCUGUAACUGUUCUCCCCUUUUAUACUCAUUCAACAUGACUGCGGCCGACACGGCCAAAAAAAAUGUACAAGCAGCCUCUUUUCACAGAAGGGAAUGAAAUUGUAACGUCAACAAUAGAUGAAAACUUUUACAUACAUUCUGAAUUUAAAUGCAGGUAAAUCUUUCAGGGCUUUUUCUGCUUCAGGCUUUCUUUUUUAAAUGUAAUCUUUCACUGACAGGUUAAGGACACGGAGCUUUUGAGAGCAUUAUGCAUAAUAAAAUCAUUUCAGCACUACUUUUGCUCAAGUGAAUGUCGGAGAUGAUCCUCAGCUACAGCUUCUCUGCGUCCUCUCGACGGAUGACGGUCAUCGUUUGAUAUCAUUCUUAGGCCAAAGAACCUAUCCUCUCCUACAUGUCUGAUUUAGAGUCGCUAUCUGAUUCAAUGUCAGGGAAUGUGAUCAGAGAUUUCAGUGGCCUGUAUUCACAGAAGAAACUGUGACCUAUUGUGGAUUUAAACCCCUCCCCCCCAAAAAAUCAGCAGACCAAGCUAAUGGAGCUCGGGGGACUGUGAUCGUACUCCUCAAAAGGCAAUCUUUGAUAAGUAGAGAUGCGGUCAGACACUUUUUGCCCAAGGCUAAUGACCUAUUCUGGCCGUUUUAAAGAAAAGAGGGAAACAAAGUCCUGGAUCUGCUCUCAAAUUGAAUGGGUCAAGCCUCGGAAAACACAGUUGUUCUUGAGUUGUCCUGCAAACAGACAGAAAAACAAACCAGCCGAGUUGGCAGAGGAAAUCUGGCUGUAUUAGAUGUGAUGUGUAUACAUUUUAAGGCUGAGACCAGAGUGUGAGGCGUCUUCUGUGUCAGGUAUAAAGCGGGAGGAUGGAAGGAAAUCCACAAAUAACAAAAAGCAGGACUGUUGCCGUGUGACGCUCCUCACAUUCAAGAUGAAGUGGGUAAUUAGGCACUGGAGCUAAAACAAGAACAGGCAAAAAAAAAAAGAUGGAGGCAACUCUUUGGAGUUGAGUGAACAGGAGCUAAACUAAUGUAGACGAACUGAUUGUUUUAUUUUUCUUGUUUCUUUAGUGGUGUGAGGAUGAAUGAAACAACCUGUGCAUACAGUUUUGUCUUGGCACAGCAGAGCAUUAUUGUAAAUCCUUAAAGCCUUAACUAUUUCUACUUUUCUUUUCUUUUUGUUAUUUUAAUUUAACCUUUAGACAGCUUGACAUUUAUUUUUUUUUUUAGUUUUAACACAGCGCUUCUUUAACAGUACACGAUCAGCAACACUACAACGGGGACAAUUACAUUUCAUUCGUCAACGUGUCUGUUUUAUCAAGGGGAUGGGCGGGACCAACGCAUGACAACACCAAUCUCAACUGCUUUCUUGUCUAUUUUCUUUCUUUCUUUCUAUAUGGUACAUUUGACAUCCUCUCUACUUUUGUUUUCCCCUCCCCUUCUACCUCUGCUUGUCCUUUUAUAUCUGCCGUUUCUUCAGAGGCACCAAGCUGGUGGCAAGUCCUGUCACAGCUGUCGCCCGAAUUAGAUAAUUCAGCACUUUCUUCCCGCUCCCAAUCCUCUCCCUCUCACUCUGCCUUUAGCUUUUCCCGAAUGUCCUCAAAGGCCUCACUGCCUUGCUGUUAAUCAGGCAAAAAACAAAAAAAAGAGAGAAAAGGAAAAAAAGAAAAAAAAAGUUGGUGAUUGUUGCAUUUGUUUUUUGUUGCACAUAAGAAAUGAAAAGAAAGAAAUGGAUGAUGCGUGAUGAUUGUAUGCUGCUCUAUCUGCUAAAUGAAAACGCUAUUUAGAAGGUAUUUUCUCAUUUUUGGAAAAAAAAAAAAUAUUUUGCUAUAUGUAAAAACAGCUGUCAUCAAUAAGUAAACAUUCUGGAAAUAGAGAGAAGUGUAUGUAUUUUUAAAUGUUCCCUUUUUUGUGAUUUGUUAAAUUGUGUAGCACAAAUUAAAAUUCCUUAUUGACGUAAA